UAAGUUGCAACACUUCACAUGCAUUGUCCCCGAUAGAUCCCGAGUAUUGCAGACUCUGUAUUUCUCGGAUAUAGUUUGUCAGAAUCUUGUCAGCUCUUUCACGAUGAAUGACAAAUAAACACAGGAUUUAAUUAUGAGGUGGAAGAAAGAUGUGGGAUGACGUCAAACACAGUUGCCGAAUUCAGGUCGAAAAAUAUAGGUCAUAUUUGUUUCAAUGGUCUAUAUAUGGCUGUCCGAGAGAGGUCUCUGUUUGUAACUAGUCCACGGAUAACAUAUUAAAGGACUCGCAAUGGAUCGAAGAGCGAGAGGUUCAAUGGCCACGAAAUGGAUAUUUUUGAUGUAUGCUACGACUGCGUGUUUAACACACGCCUUUCGAUUCUCAAAACCUUUCAAUAGCCUGAACAGGAAUUGUUCUCUUUCACCGUGUAAAAAGGUGUUUGAAUUAACUUUUGCGGAGAAAGUUCGGAUUGACAUGCUGAAGAAAUAUAUCAUGACCGAAUUGAACAUCCAAGAUAAAUCUGUCAAGGCUGAUUCAAACAGUGCAAAACUAAGGAAAAAGGAUGUCCAGAGAGUUCGUCAAAAACAGGAGCCUGAGAGUUUCCUCCAGGAAAUGGCCGAAAUCGUCAGUUUCUCUGAGAAACCAGAAAACAUAUCUGAAAGAAAUGUAUUAUCGUUUACCGUUGACGUUAGCAGCAAGUCACGCCAGAUAGAAGCUGUGAGUGCCCAUUUAUGGAUUCUCAUGAGGAAACGAAAACGUGGUCGAUCUAAGGGCAGAAAGGUCAUCCUCAGAGUUAUGAAGGUGCCAAAUCAAAAGAAUGAAAAGUUUCACUACCUCACUGCAUUACGAACGAGGGUAAAAAAGACAAGGUGGCAAAAAAUCAGCCUUCCGGUGACUUUGAUUCAAUCAAUGUUAGAUUCUAAGAAUAAAUCAUUAAAUUUAAGAAUUUCCUGUAAGUUUUGCGGUAGAAUGGUGCGACCAGUGUUGUUUCGGAGACGGAAUAAACAGACCUUGACGGUGAAAAACGGAAAAAUCCGCAGAGGAAAAAAGCGACGACGACGUCGUCGCCGUCGGGGGCGCAUGCGCAACAAGACAAACGAGAAUAAUAGAAUACAACCUUUUUUAGUGAUAAGUACUCGAUAUCGGCAUUCAUUCAAGAAAUCAUGAGCUUGUACUAACAUACCAAAUUGACGAACCAGCAGUUGUGUUCACUGUGUACCUACCAUCACCAUUGUUCGUGUUAGAGUACCCAUAUGUGCCAUCCCCACUGUACGUGUUAGAGUACUCAUGGCAACGUAGCAGCUCGGCUCUCCGCACCAUUGUGUUAGUCAAGAACUGGAAUGUCAAUUAAUAUUUUCCCAAUGUUGAAUUUUCUGUCAUGGUAUUUACUUGUUCUGUGGUACAAUCAGCAUGUGGAUUUCAUGAAGUUUACACCUUUGAAUAUUAUAUGAAAUACAUAUAUAUUAUGAUUCUAACAUAAGAUAUUCUAUUUAAAAGAGUUACAAAAGGAAAUCAUUUAAACACCAUUUAAUAAAGACAUCCGUUUCACGAUGUUGAAAAUGAAAGCCAAUGAUAAAGCAUUGAUUCUUGUUGUAAUAAUCGUUUUCACAUCGAAUACAAUAUUGUACCUAAUAUUUUAUUCUCAACAAAGACGCGCAAAAAACCCGGAAUCGCUGUCCAAAUUUCAAUAGACAGCGAUUUAAUUUAUUCCACAGUUUAUAAAGGAAGGAACGGGUUUUUCUCUUAAGUAGCCGCCUCAAAGUGAGUUAGAACAGACUGAGAGACGAUAAAAUCGCACCAACUUUAUAAUGUAUGAGUAGAAAGUUGUUUUUAAAGACUCAUUCAAUGUAAUUUAGCGAUAGCUAUGGAUAAGAUUACAAUAUUAUAUGACUUGAGUUGUUGUCUUAGGAACAAAAGUAAGUAGGGAAAAGAGGACCAAAACGUAUUGUGAUGUAAUUCCCAUUAACGACAUCACAUUUUACAUGAUUAUGUAUAAAAUGUUGAUUAAUGUUAAAGACAUAUGAAGCAAUCAAGCUGCUUUUUACAAGCACAUUAUCAGAAAAUAAUUUAUUUUGUGAGUUACUUUACGUGACUGUUCCGUCAGAAUUAGCAUUUACAAUUAUACUGUGACGUCACUCUUAUGAUUAUGUCAUACAACAAACGGAACUCCUGGAAUGUCUCGCGCACUCGACAUGUCGAGUGCGCAAGACACUCGAGGAGUUCCGAUUGUGUUAUACAUUGGCAUUCGGAUCACUUCGGUCGAUUCCAUCUAAGGGUACCGGAAUCUGCCGAAUGAUACAUUGGAUGUUUGUUACUUGGUAACAUUCUAAUGGUUCAACAUUACUUAAUGUUUUUGUUACGUCAUAUACUGUGACGUCAUAAUUACUUAAACGAUUGUACAUAGCAAGAUUUAAAAACUGCCUAAUAAGCCAAGAUUGUUUGUUUGUGUAUGUGUGUGUGUUUUGAAACAGUACAUUAAAACGUUUUGUUGACAAUUUUCAUUUAUUCUCUUUUACACCUGUAAGUAUUUGUUUUUGUAUUAUUUAUAUGUAUUAAGAUAAAAAUGAAUACUCUGAA